CUCGAGCGUUCCAGAAGGCCCCGCCCCGGCUCUGACGUCGAGUCGGGCGCGGGGGGCUGGGCGCGACGGAAGCGGCGCGGGAGGAGCUGGACGUUUCGGACCCGGGACGGGACGGCGAGCGCCGCGCCCAGCGCCGGGGCCAUGGCGGAGUACGGGAGCCUCCUGCAGGAGCUGACUGACAACAUCACGGUGGAGGACUUGGAGCAGCUCAAGUCAGCAUGCAAGGAGGACAUUCCCAGUGAGCGCAGUGAGGAGAUCACCACCGGCAGCGCCUGGUUCAGCUUCCUGGAGGCCCACAACAAGCUGGACAAAGACAACCUCUCCUACAUUGAGCACAUCUUCGAGAUCUCCCGCAGGCCUGACCUGCUCACCAUGGUUCUGGACUAUAGGACCCGCGUGCUCAAGAUCUCGGCUGAGGAUGAGCUGGACACGAAGCUCACACGCAUCCCCAGCGCCAAGAAGUAUAAAGACGUCAUCCGGCAGCCAUCAGAGGAGGACAUCAUCAAGCUGGCACCACCACCCAAGAAAGCCUGAAGCGCCGGGCACCAGGUCGGCCCAGCUGGCUGCGCUCACUAACGGCCCUAACCCUGUGCGUGCGUGUCUGUGCGUGUGCGCACGCUCCGGCUGUCUGUCUGUGUCUAGCACACCUAGUUCCUCCAGUGAGGGG